AUGCGUAAGCCCUACAGGUUUUAUAGUCUCAGUCGGCCGAAAUUGCGCCAGUCAUGGAACAAAUUCAAUCUGUAUAACUUGUACCGAAACGUCGGUCGCGAGCCCCAAAUUCGAGGCACACCAACCUUCUUCCAACAGAAGUGGGCAGCCAAGGCGAAAACCAGAGCCUACCACGGCGAACACAUACCCGAGAAGAAAUGGGUGCGCCUUUUCUCUCGCCGACUCCUUUCAGCCGUCGAUCUUCCACCACAAUAUCUAGCCGCUCACGAUGGCUCUGAACAAGCCGGCGGUCGCGGAUCCGGCCUCACCACUUCCAAAGUCACUGCCGAGUCUUACUCCAAAGUCCCAAAGCUGAGCGGACAAGAGAAGUUGAGGCGGAGACCCGCUCCAUUUGGCGAUGUCAAUAAAAUGCUGUCCGAUCAGUUCACAAAGAUGACGCCGUACAUGCAAAUGACAUUUGCGCCGUUGGAGCGACGGUUGGAUACUGCUGUUUUCAGGGCGCUGUUCGCAAGCAGUGUGCGCCAGGCUCGCCAAUUCGUCAUUCACGGAGCGGUCAAGGUCAAUGGCAAGAAGAUGGUCCACCCAUCGUACCAGUUAAACCCCGGCGACAUGUUUCAAGUAGACAUCGAAAAGGUCAUGUACGGCACGGGACAGCAAAAGGUUACCCAAAAAGACAAGAGACUAGGAGAGAACCUUGAAUCAAGAAAGAAGAAGUCAGAUGCAUUCUAUCAGACGGCGAUUAACAAAGCCGCCGCAAAUGCUUCAACAGAUGCUACGUCAGCUGGGACUGCAGGUGAAGGAGACAAGCCCGAGGCCGAAACCGCUUCAGCAGAGGAGACAAGUGAAGAGCAGCAGUCAGAGGGUGCAGAGGCAUCUGGCCCAGGACUCGAGUCUCUCACACCCGAGGAGACCUGGAAGCUCAACAACCGGGCUCUCAAGUUCCUCCUCAAAGACGUCAAGAAGAUCCUAAAGAACAGCACCAAAGACCUUUCAGCCAAGGAAAAGAAGCAACUACGUCUAUUCCGAGCCGAUGCCAAGCGAUUCCUCUCGCACCCCGAAGACAGCGCCCUCGACAUACAGGAACUCAUCGAAGAGCUGCAGCUGCAAAUGAAGAGCCACGAGCUCAUGCGCGAAAGCUUCGAAAAGCUCACCAUCGCCCCUGUACCAACCGAUGCAGCGGCUGAGACGGCGCCCGCUGCCGAAGCAGAAGGCCAAAAAUCAGCACACAACCGCCAGCGCCAGAUUGACAAGGGUCUCGACGGUCUGACAGAAGAGCAAAAGGAAAAGGCUGUCCGCAUCAUGGGCGAGUCCCAGCUCACCCGCGAAGAGAUGAACAAGCUCGCCAGGCUCCUACGGUACGACGAAGAGAAUCCCGUUGACGACACCAAACCAUAUGCUACGCCCUGGCAACCACGACCCUUCAUGUCAGCGUUCGCCUUCAUCCCCCGCUAUCUCGAAGUCAAUCCCAACAUUUGCGCCGCCGUCUACCUCCGCCACCCUGUGGCUAGAAAGGGCAUGGCUGAGGUUCCUACCCCGUUCAGCUAUCUCACGAGCCAGUUGACACACAACUGGUACCUCGAGCGUGGUUAA